AAACAAUUCAUCACAUUUAUAUAUAAAGAGUAGACUUUCAAUCUUAUUACUUAUCAUAUUUCUAUUUCAUCACCUCUAUAUAUAAGCAAAAGGCCCCCACUCUCAAGCCACCUUUUUCCUAUCCUUAACCUCAAUCCAACCAAGGAAAAAGCACCCAUUUCUUUCCAUUUUUAUAUGAAGAAAGGCAUGAGCCCUUUAAAGUUUCAAGAUAGUGACGCCACAAAGGGAGUGAUCAACGGCCCACGCCCUCCGCCGCUGCGAGUCAACAAAGAUUCACACGUCAUUCACAAACCGCAUCCCAAUCAGGCGGCGGCGGCGAAGCGGCAGCCGGUGAUCAUCUACACGCACUCCCCGAAGGUGAUCCACGCGCAGCCGCACGACUUCAUGAUCCUCGUGCAGAGGCUCACCGGCAUGUCGCGAGACGACGAAGAUGACACAUCGGUGAAGUCGGACUCCGACCAAAAGGAGGUGAACAACAGCGCCAUCGCCGACGAGAGCAGCGAGACGACGUCGUCGGUUGUAACUGAUGAUGAGAGUGUGAUGGGAGACGUGAAGCAGGAUUCGGGCAUGUACAAAAUGUCAAACAACUUCUUGUUGGAGGCGCCGCUCUUUACGCCGGCCUCCAAUGACUUCUUCUGCUCGCAGCGCCCCAACUCGAUGUUCCAGUCUCCCGCCGCCAUCUCGCCGUCCUUCAUGGAUUACAUCAAGGCCUUCCCGGAUUACUGAUCUUUGGAUCAAGAGGUGAAAUUAUUUCAUUGUUUCAUUUAGAUUUUAUAGGGUGUAGAUCCAUCGGAUAAAUUAGUUAGGGCCAUUUUAUAUUCUUUAAUUAGCCAUGUGUGCGAGGCUUCAUUUCCUUGCAUCUUUGUGCUCCCAAUAAAUUUCGUUUGACUACUAAUAUAAUUUCAAGUGUACACAUACCUUUAGCUAGAUACACAAUCAUACUAUUGAAUUCAAUAUAUUUUGACAUUUCAGUUCUA